AUGGGGAUUACUAUAAUUUUUCUCUUGGUUAGCGCGGCCAGCUUGGCGAUAGAACUUGGGUGCUAUGCAUGCAAGCCAAAACCAUUUCCCGAAUCCCUUGACUUGGCAUCAAUGCAACUUCUUCAGAAAGUGUACGAGUCGUCACAUGACAAGAACGUCGUGCUUUCACCUCUUGGUGUGUUCACGCUACUGUCGCUCUACGUAUCUAAUGUUAAAGGCCAAGUCGCAGAUGAGAUCGUCGAUUUCCUUGGAGCUGCAAAUAAAACAGAACUUACAGAUUCUUACAAAAAACUAAGCAGAGAAUUGAGUGAUAUGAACCCCGAUGUACUGGGUUUUUUAAACAACGUGUUCAUCGAUAGCCAAUUUAGUUUCGAUUACAGCUUUUAUUUGAAUACACGCUCGUACAAAAGUGACCUGGAUGUUAUUGAUUUUCGUGACCCGAAAUCCGCUGCCGAAAGAAUUAAUGAAUGGGUAUCCACGAAAACUGAGGGAAAAGUCGAUAAAAUAGUUUCCGAAUAUGAUAUAAUGUACGAUGUUUUUGUUUCUCUUUAUAACGUCAUAUACUUCAAGGGCCACUGGGACGUUCCGUUCGACGAAAAUAACACCAGAGAGAAUUGUUUCAUUACAGACGACUUGCAACUUAUAGAGAAACCUAUGAUGCAUCUUCUACAAUCGUUAGAUUAUUAUGAAGAUUAUGAAGAAGUCGAUGCAAGGAUGAUACAACUGCCCUACAAAGAAUCUAAGCUUAAAAUGGUAGUGGUACUUCCUAAUCGUCUGGACGGUCUACCGAUGCUGUUGAAUUGGAUCUCGAAAACAGGACUAUUGCAUUAUGUUAAUCGAAUGAACCUUUCAGAAAGUCAAAUAAGUUUGGAUCUUCCUAGAUUUGAAAUAAAAUCCGAACACUAUCUUAAUAAUGUCCUCCCUCAGGUAGGUAUAAACAGUAUCUUUAAUUACCUAGUAGAUGGUGUAGUAAAUCAAGGCCCUGUGGCGGUACGCAAAGUUUUCCAAGAAGCUUUCAUAACAGUGGACGAAAAGGGUUCCACCGCCGGUGGGGCCACAGGUUUGGAUAUAGAAGAUCCCAUAUGGCGAUUCAAUCGACGUUCUUUGACGCCUCCGAUCCCCUUCAUAGUGAAUCGUCCAUUCUUAUAUGCGAUCCUAUAUGACGACUUAGUACUACUCACCGGGACUCUCUCUCAU